AUGUCAGACUACUACGACCGCCAAGGAGGGGACCCUCGCGAGUACGGCGGCGGUGGCCGCGGCGGGAACAAUUAUUACGACCAGAGCCAACGCUUCGACGACAACGGCGAGGGUGCAGGCCGUCGAGAUGACUAUGGUGAACGGCGCCAGCAGGGAGGAUACGGAAGAGAAGAUGGAUAUGGUGGGGGUGGCACGAGCGGAGGUUACGGAGAUGAUCCUCCUCGCCAUCAUAGUCGUCGCGAUGAUGAAGGCUAUGGUGGAAGCUCCGGCGGAGGUGGAGGAUAUGGAGGCGAUGGCGGCUAUGGGAGACCCUCAGGGGGUGCAUAUGGAGGAGGCGGAUCUGCUAACUACGACCAGGACGAAGUGAUGCGACAUAGCCAGCAACAUGGCAGUCCGGAAGACUCCAACCUAUUCUCUCAAGCCAUGUCGUUCCUCAACCAAAACAAGCAUAGUGCUCAAUCCGAGGACCUUGACGAAGGCCGGGUACAGCAAAGUCAUCAGAUGCUGUAUCAGCAAGACGGCGGUGGUCAGCAGCACGAUGCUUCUAGCCUGGGCGCAGGAGCUGCAAUGCAAGCCUUGAAGAUGUUCUCUGGAUCCGGCGGAGGUGGAUCUCAAUCCCAAAUGAUCUCUAUGGCUAUGCAAGAGGCCUCGAAACUGUUCGACAAGCAGAGCAACAUGGGCAACGUACAGGGUGGCACAGACAAGCAGUCGGCGAUCAACAUGGCUGCGAAAAUGGCCCUGCAGAUGUAUAUGAAGGGCCAAGGAGGUGGUAGCGGCGGCGGUGCCUCUGGGCUAAUGAGCCUCGCCAGCAAAUUCUUCUCGUGA